UUUCGAGGUCCCCAUGGCCACCGCGGCUGGCUGCCUGCUGCUGCUCCUGCUCGCCCAGGCCUGGGCGGGCGCCCGCGCCCACCGGGAGGCGGUGGUCUGCGCAGAGGCUGCCUGCUACACGGCUCACUGGGGCAGGCUGGCCGCAGCCCAGGCCCAGGAGCGCUGCAGCCAGAACGGGGGCAACCUGGCGUCGGUGAAGAAUGAGGAGGAGGCGCGGCACAUCCAGCAGGCCCUGGGCCAGCUCCUGAGGUCAGAGACUGUCCUGGAAACGCGGAUGGGCAAGUUCUGGAUCGGACUCCAGCGCGAGAAGGGCAAGUGCCUGGACCCCGACCUGCCGCUGAAGGGCUUCAGCUGGCUGGGCGGCGGGGCGCACACAGACUACGCCAACUGGCACAAGGAGCUGAAGAGCUCCUGCGUCUCCAAGCGCUGCGUGUCCCUCCUGCUGGACCUCUCCCUGCCACCCCAGGCCAGCCGCCUUCCCAAGUGGUCUGAAGGUCCCUGUGGCUCCCCUGGCUCUCCGGGAAGUAACAUCGAGGGCUUCGUGUGCAAAUUCAGCUUCAAAGGCAUGUGCCGGCCCCUGACUUUGGGGGGCCCAGGCCAUGUGAAUUACACCACCCCCUUCCAGACCACCAGUUCCAGCCUGGAGGCCGUGCCCUUCGCCUCCGUUGCCAAUGUGGUUUGUGGAGACGAGGACUCCGGGAGUGUGCCGAGUUACUUCAUUUGCACGGAGAAAGAGUCUGAUGUGUUCCACUGGGGAAACUCAGGUCCCUUGUGUGUGAGCUCCAAGUAUGGAUGCAAUUUCAACAAUGGAGGCUGCCAACAGGACUGCUUUGAGGGGGGAGACGGGUCCUUCCGCUGUGGCUGCAAGCCGGGAUUCCGGCUGCUGGAUGACUUGGUGACUUGUGCCUCAAGGAACCCUUGCAGCUCCAACCCCUGCCGAGGAGGAGCCACCUGCCGUCCUGAACCUCAUGGGAAAAACUAUAUGUGCCUCUGUCCAGAAGGCUACCAGCUGGACUUUAGUCAGCGGAACUGCGUUGAUGUGGACGAAUGUAAGAGUGGUUCUUCCUGCUCCCAGGGGUGCAUCAACACGCUUGGGAGCUUCCAGUGUCACUGCUGGAUAGGCUAUGAGCCGGUUGAUGUUGAACAGGUCACCUGUGAGGAUGUUGAUGAGUGUGCCACCAACAGCUCACUCUGCAUCCAGGGCUGUGUGAACACAGAGGGCUCAUUCUUCUGCACCUGCCAGAAGGGCUAUGUCCUGGGCGGAGACCACAAGCAGUGUGUGGAUGUGGACGAAUGUGCCAGCCCAGAGGCCACACAGAGGUGUGACAGCCUGUGCAUCAACACGCAGGGGUCUUUUCGUUGUGGCUGCCAUCCAGGCUGGGAACUGGCCUCUGAUGGAUUUUCCUGCAAAAUGAUCCCUGUGUCUCCAGGACUACAGGCAGGGCCUUCCCAGGACACGGGAGGAAGAAACAGCAGCUCUGUGCCUUCUGCCACGGCGUCCAGCUCCACUAAGGGCCCUGAACUCACCUCCAAAGUGAGUCCUAGCACAACAGAACUCUCCCUCCCACCCAGAGUACAUAUCCCCUCAGCCGCACCCGAGACAUUGACCCCCACUGAGCUCCCUGACCUCUGGAUGGAACCCAACACCCACUACCCCACAGCUGUCACUGGCCAUGAGGAGUCUACCGGUGGGGAUGUUGUGGCAAAGCACAGCGACGAAGAAGGGACUGACGGGCAAAAGCUGCUUUUGUUUUACAUCCUGGGCUCUGUGGUGGCCAUCUUGCUUUUGCUGGCUCUGGCUCUGGGGCUACUGGUCUAUCGCAAACGAAGAGCAAGGAGAGAGGAGAUAAGGGAGAAAAAGCCCCAGAGUGCAACAGACACCUACUCCUGGGUUCCAGAGCGAGCUGAGAAGAGGUCCAAGGAGAAUCAGUACAGUCCGACCCCUGGGAGAGACUGCUGAAGGUGGGCCCAGACACACUGCCAGCAUCCUCAACAUUUUAAAGUGACUUCUUGGAAGGAGGGGAGGACCCACACCCUUCCAAAUUCUGAACUGGAAUCUUAACAAACUGUUAUCAAUUUUCACCUUAAAACCCUGGCAACUUGGAAUGUGCAAGUGUGUGGUAUUCCAAAGGGAAAUUAUGGGUAGCAGGGGGGAGGGGGAGUUGUCAUUGUGGGAAAUUUUGUGAUACAAACCAUUCUUACUGAUGGUCCCUUUUCAAAUCUAAACAUGACUAGUUUCAUUGACACACUGAAUCUAUAUGGGGGCAUUAUAGGUCAGGUGAAUCCCUUUUCUUGAACUGCUUCUUUGCUCACUGGAGUUCUUUAAAGGAAAGUCCACUGCAAAUGCUAUUGAGGACCCAAAUGAUUUAUUCUUAGAAUUACAGAGUCUAAGUCUAUCAAUUGUGUUAUGGAGAUUAUGUAUAAGAAGCUAUUUUUCUUGUCAAAGGAUCAUAUUUGUUACUGGGAAGUUUUCUUUACAUUUUAUUCCUGGAUAUUCUCCCUCACAUGAGGUGUGACCUUCUAAGUCAACAUUGAAAUUCUCUAGAAAGAUCACCGUACACCACUUAGGUUGCAAUGAGACAGGCAGUUCAGAAAUCAUAAUUCUGAGAGUUCCUGUUAGUCUUUGGUUUAUUUUCCAGGCAUGUGUGAAAAGUGGAAACAAGUAGUAUGAAAUGAGUUGAAAGGGUUUUUUUUUUGAAAACAUGCCAUCUAAAGGAGCUAGAGAGAGGCAGAGGUGGUUUUACAAGUAUUUGGAUCCAUUCAUUUAAAUGAGCUAAUGUUUAUACACAUUUAGCUAUUGGUGGGAUGAUCACACAUUGUGGAAGGAAAGGAGUCUAAAACAACUUGUGUUCAAGCCAGUGCAACAUCAGGACAGGAGCUCAGACUGUCCACCUCCCUCUCUGCAGUUCUGAUAGUGGGACUUGAGCUACAAAGGAAGAAAGUAUGAGAAAGUGUCUCAUUCUGACGGUUUCUGAACAAAGUAUGAGGGAGAGUAUAUGCUGAGAUCUGAGAUGUAUCCUAAAGAAGCAAUAGUGAAGUCAGAGUCAACACUGAAUGCUGACAGAUCAAUCCUGAUUUGUGGCUGCAGAACACAAUCUCAUUUUGCAGGAUGCCUCUCAGUUGCUGUCUAGCAAUGUUUUGUUCCAUCUCUCUCUCUCCCUCUCUCUCUCUCUCUCUCUCUCUCUCUCUCUCUCUCUCUCUCUCUCUCGGGGUGUUGAGGAGGAGAGACAAGAUCUCAUAAGUUAGAUCCCUUGAAACAGCACAAACUGUCGGAAACAAAUUUAAUUUAGAUCCUCAACCUUUAGAGUCUAAUUACAAACCUCUAUCCUUGUUGUGUUGAGCACAUUCACUGAUUGGUUCUGCCCAGGUCACAGCAGAACAGCCAGCGAUGCCUGGUGGUUUAGACUGUUCGGAGAUGCUGUUGGAACAGGGAGGCUGGGUGCAUCCUGCAGGUACCAAGCAGGAGGAGAGACAGGGAAGAGCUUCCUGUCUGAUCUGGGAUUCCAAUUUUUGCUCCUCAGAUUCAGGGAAUCUCAUUGUUUCUGCUUUUGCAUCAGAAACAUCUUUGUUCAAGAGCUCAACAUCCUGGGACUGGAAUAGCAGCCAGGUGUAUGACCUUAAUAAAUAAAUAAAUAUCCUUUUGCCAAAUUUGAAAUGUAAUUGUAAUUCUUAGAUUUUUUUUUCAAGAAACUUGAAAAGUGAAAGCAGGGUAGGAGAUGAAGGACAAGAUAAAGGUUUUGAGGGACUAACUCAGUGGAGUGAUUUGCAAUUUCUUUUAAAAAUUAUCUAUAUUCUUCAGCUUUCAUUCUCACUUGAGGCAGAGGCUGUUCAGCCACAGACCCUAGGCGUACUAUUAAAUGGAAGUCAACCAUACAACCAAAGACUUGGCCAGGAUCUGCAGGUAUAUGAAAUAAACUCAAAAUCAGUAGCUUUACUUCAAUGUCUUUGAAGUAUUUUCGCUGACUGUUCUUGGUGAAGGAGACGUUCAUAUCAUAGGUUUUCAUCAGAAAGUCUGUCCAUGGCCCUGUGAGUCCUUGAAUUGGCUUAGGUUACCAAUGACCCAUCUCAUUUUAAUAUUCAUGUUUUCCACAUAGCACAGGAUCAUUUUUUGGCUUCUGUGCACAAAAUGUAUAGCCUGUCUUUGAGACUGGGAGACCAUAAAUCCCUGUUGUGGAAUCCCAGGGGAUACAUGGCUGAUAAUUCUCUGGGGUGGAUCAAUCCCUGCCUACUUGCAUUGCCUCUGCUGACCAGUGUCAAAAUCCCAGAACAGGCCAAUAAUGGGCAAUGAAUCUGGAGAGAAUUAUUAGCUUCAAAUUCAGGAUUAUUUUUCCUCGAAAUACCACUGUAAUUUGUGCCUGAAGUCGGUAAAUUCUUGUUCUGGGAUGCAGGGGUGGGAGACACAGCUGUUGGUACAAACGCUGGCUAAGAACACACCAUCCAUUUAUCUAGAAAGGCCUCAAGUGUUGAGGGCCCUGGUAGAGCCAGGCAGGACAGAACCUAGAGGGAGCAGUGCUCCUCCAACAGUGCCCCUGGAUCAGGCAGGGACUGAGAGGCCCUGAUGUGUGCUGAUCCAACCAGCGUCAGAACAGCCAAGUAAUGGGGACAGAUAAGGCUCCAUGGGCAACAGACUCAAAGACAAUAGAGACCUUGCAUUUCCCACAGUGUCAGUAUUUCUGGGAACUCUAGGAAAGACUAUAUUUGGGGAGAAAUAACCCCCUUCUACAUUUCAAGAUGAUAAUUGAAAGGGGUAUCAUUCCCAUAACUUUGUAAUUACUGUGCCUACUCCUGAAUGGUCGGUGCUAUUUCUUCUUGCUUAUUGUUUGGAGAGGCAGGGUGUAGGAGGACUCACCUACAACUUCUCCCACCCCCCAGGGAAUUGGAGGGGUAAGGAAAAUCAAGCAUGAUCAAUUACCUGCAAAUGCUCAGGUGUGGUAAAUCUGAUGUGAGUUCUUUGUAAACACAUCAGCUCAAUUAAGUAGCCUUGAGGCAAAAGCUACUUUGGCCAUUACUGAUGUUACUUUGUGAUGAUCUGUGAUGAUCCUUGACAAGCUCCUGACACUAUGUGCUCAUCUGAAUUUUCUCCAGAGAUUUAAGUAGGUGAAUCAACUCAGUUCUGAUUUGAGAGCUGGCUGAAGUCCCUAUGAGCAUUGCAAGGCUAACUUUUAUGCUAAGUACUCAUUGAUGCCAGACUUAUAAUGCUUUAAAGUCUCAUUCCUACAUCUAUGAUUAGGCUGAAAAAGUGAAAAAAAAAAUGUUAAAUAUGUGUGGAUAUUUUAAUCCUCCUCCUCCUCCUCCUCCUCCUCCUCCUCCUUUACUUCCUCUUCCUCUUCCUCUUCUUUUUUCUCUUUCUCCUCCCCCUUCUUCAUCUCCUCCUCCUCCUCCUUCUCCUCCUCCUCCUCGUCCUCCUCUUUUUCCACUUCUUUUGCUUCUUCCACCUUCCCUUCCUUCUCCUCUUCUUCCUUUUCCUCCUCUUGUCUUUCCUCCUUCUCUUCCUCCUCCCUCACCACCUACUCCUCUCCUAAGGACCUUCCCCUGCAGUGCUCGGGGGAUUCAGGGCUAUUCUGGCAAUACUGGCCUAGCACUGCAGAUCUGAUAGUUUGGUGCUUGUUCCAGUCAUAAUAUUAUGCCAAGGUGCUAGAAGUCACCAGGGCUACAUCCAGAGGUGUCUGAAAGUCCACAGAGAUGGAAUUUGGGUCCUUGAGCCUUUGUUCCACUCCCUUGAGUUAUCUGUCCUGCCUGAAAAUGUUUCUCUUAAAAACAUAUAUGAAUGGUGCUAUGUUCUUUUGAGUUUUAUCAUUAAAGCUUGCUUUGAACAUAUUUUUAAUUGGACCUAGAUUUUUAUCACUAAACAACUGUAUAUGAAUAUGGAGCUGAUAAUUAUAAGCCUUUGUCCUAAAACUAUUCUUCAUACAUAUUUCUGUGAAAACUAGAAACAGAAAUAAGAUUAGAGGUUUUUUUUUUUACUAAAUUCAAAACAACAUUUUUAAAAAGAAAAUAUAGGAAAGCCUUUUCCUAUUAUUUUUUUCUUCUUAGCUUCUCCAUUGUCUAGAUCAGGAAAACAGGAAAACAUUGCUUUCUAGCAGCUGUAAAAUGUUGUAAUGUCCCCUGCAUAUUUCCAUCACCUUAAACAAUAGCUUUAGCAUGGGAAUCUGAGAUAUAAUCCCUGAAAAUAUUUGUCUCCAUUUUAGCUUCAAAACCUGCUGUUAAAAUCUAUGUGAUUUGUGGAGUUGGCUAAAGAAAGAAGACAGUAAAAUUCUCUGUGUAUAUGAUAACUAACUACCUUGUCCAGUUCAGAUUCCUCGAAGUAAUUCCCAAUGAAGUGCUUAAAAAAAUGAACAAUGUUUGGUCUGUUCUUGAAGAUAAUGCCCAUUUAUUUUAGGGAGAAGAUCUGAAAUUCCUUUCUCUUAUUGUUCCUCUUAUCUGCAAGGUGCCAAGUUUCCUUUUAGUAGAUUUUACCUGCUGGUUCUGAGGCCUACAGUUCUUUUGCAUAGUUGGGUGAUGUUUGAAUUAAAUCAUAUGCAAGGUCUUUUUCUGUGUUAUUCAAUUUGAUUGUAAAUGUCAGUAAUCACUCUAUUACCAUUAAAUGAGAAUGGAAAUAUUUAAUAUUAUAUAUAACAAUUUUUUUCCACUAAUCCUGGAAUCAUGUUAUUUUAUUGUUGGGCAUAUUUUUGUUUAGGAAUCAGUGUCUUCAGGACUGGAUGUGGGAGGCCAGACUCAGAAACCCACUGGGGUUGCCUCAAGUUGUAGUACAUUUGUCACCCUUCCCUCUUUGGGUUACACAUCUAACCUAAUAAAC